GUAUAAUUUGAAUCAUGUACGUUAACGUUAUGUAUUAAUUAAGUGUCCUAAUUAGAGUGGAUAUUUAAUUUAUGGUGUUAAACCUGAGGAGAUCAGGAAAAUAAUCAACGUUGUGAUUUGAUAGGUUAGGGCAAAGUACCUGGUCUGCGAAACACACGAUAAUAUCUCAAGUUCAUUGAACUAUUAUAAAAGCAGCGCAGGUUGAGAAAAAAAAAAAAAAAAAAGUAAAUAAUUAUUGCAGAUAUAUCAUUUCCUGAUUUCCACAAUUCAAGUCCAGCUCUACAUCCGCUCUUCCUCGCUUUCUCUCUCUAAACCAGCGCACUCAACUUGCGCUUUCUCUCUCUAAAAAACUCUCGAUUUAGGGUUUUCACAGGCGCCGUUUUUGAAUUUUAAUCCGAUCCGGAACUGGUUUAUUUUCUACCUCUCAUCAACAUCUCCUUUCUCCAGGAAGAAUAUGGCUAUGGAAGUCACCCAGGUUCUUCUAAGUGCACAAGCCGUUGAUUCAACAGUGAGAAAGCAUGCUGAAGAAACUUUGAAACAGUUUCAGGAGCAAAAUCUUCCUGGUUUUUUGUUAUCCCUUUCUGGAGAGCUUGCUAAUGAGGAGAAGCCUGUUGAAAGCCGUAAACUAGCAGGUUUGAUUCUUAAAAACGCUUUGGACGCCAAGGAGCAGCACAGGAAGUAUGAGCUUGUGCAGAGAUGGCUAUCAUUGGAUGUGGCUCUGAAGAGCCAGAUAAAGGCAUGCUUGUUACAGACACUCUCAUCUACCGCGUCUGAUGCUAGGUCAACUGCGUCACAAGUCAUUGCAAAGGUUGCGGGCAUUGAACUGCCGCAGAAACAGUGGCCCGAGCUCAUACUUUCCCUCUUGUCUAAUAUUCACCAGGUUCCACCUCAUGUUAAGCAAGCUACCCUUGAAACGCUUGGCUACUUGUGUGAAGAAGUUGUUCCAGAGGUUGUUGAUCAAGAUCAAGUGAAUAAGAUACUCACCGCUGUGGUUCAGGGAAUGAAUGCUAAUGAAGGUAGUAUCGACGUCCGACUUGCUGCCACACGAGCUUUGUAUAAUGCUCUUGGAUUUGCCCAGGCUAACUUUUCCAAUGAUAUGGAGCGCGAUUACAUUAUGAGAGUUGUGUGCGAGGCCACACUCUCAACAGAGGUUAAAAUUCGGCAGGCUGCAUUUGAGUGUUUGGCAUCAAUUGGGUCGUCGUAUUAUGAGAAAUUAGCUCCAUACAUCCAAGACAUUUUUAACAUCACAUCGAAAGCUGUCCGAGAAGAUGAGGAGCCUGUGGCUCUUCAAGCAAUUGAAUUUUGGAGUUCAAUUUGUGAUGAAGAGAUUGAUAUUUUGGAGGAAUAUGGAGGUGACUUUACAGCAGAUUCUGAUGUUCCUUGCUAUUAUUUUAUCAAGCAGGCACUCCCUGCACUGGUUCCUAUGUUGCUGGAGACACUUCUUAAGCAAGAAGAAGACCAGGACCAGGAUGAAGGUGCUUGGAAUCUUGCAAUGGCUGGUGGAACGUGCCUUGGUUUGGUUGCCCGGACAGCUGGGGAUGACAUUGUACCACUCGUAAUGCCAUUUAUCGAAGCAAAUAUAACAAAAGAAGAUUGGAGGCAUAGGGAAGCUGCCACUUAUGCAUUUGGUUCCAUACUGGAAGGUCCUUCACCAGACAAGUUAACCCCUAUUGUCAACGUUGCUCUGAAUUUCAUGCUCAGUGCUUUGACUAAGGAUCCGAGUAGCCAUGUGAAGGACACGACUGCAUGGACUCUGGGAAGAAUAUUCGAAUUUCUUCACGGCGCAACUGUUGAGACUCCCAUUAUCACGCCAGCGAAUUGCCAACAGAUUAUCACGGUUCUGCUCCAGAGCAUGAAAGAUUCUCCAAAUGUGGCUGAGAAAGCUUGUGGUGCUCUCUAUUUUCUAGCCCAGGGUUAUGAAGAUGUGGGCCCAACAUCACCCUUGACACCUUUUUUCCAAGAAAUCGUUCAGUCCCUCCUUAACGUCACUCACAGAGAAGAUGCUGGGGAGUCCCGACUUAGGACAUCUGCCUAUGAGGCACUAAAUGAGGUAGUUAGGAGCUCUGGUGAUGAAACAGCUCGCUUAGUGUUGGAACUUGUUCAGGUUGUCAUGACUGAGCUGCACAAUACACUCGAGGCACAGAAACUUUCAUCUGAUGAAAGAGAGAAGCAGAAUGAAUUACAAGGCCAACUCUGUGGGUGUCUGAUGGUUAUCAUCCAGAAAUUAGGGGGGUCGGAGCCCACUAAGUACGCCUUGAUGCAGUACGCAGAUCAGAUUAUGAAUCUUUUCCUACGGGUUUUUGCAUGUAGAAGUGCCACUGUCCAUGAGGAAGCCAUGUUUGCCAUUGGUGCUCUUGCUUAUGUAACGGGUCCCAACUUUGCAAAAUACAUGCCCGAAUUUUACAAGUAUUUGGAGAUGGGUCUGCAGAAUUUCGAGGAAUACCAAGUUUGUGCUGUCACUGUUGGUAUUGUGGGGGAUAUCUGCAGGGCAUUGGAGGAUAAGAUUCUUCCUUACUGUGAUGGGAUAAUGACCCUGCUUCUGAAAGACUUGUCGAGCAACCAGUUGCACCGGUCUGUUAAGCCUCCAAUCUUUUUGUGCUUUAGUGACAUAGCACUAGCAAUUGGAGAGAAUUUCGAGAAGUAUUUGAUGUACGCCAUGCCCAUGCUUCAGAGUGCUGCAGAGUUGUCGGCUCACACAUCAGGAGCUGAUGAUGAAAUGAUAGAAUACACUAAUCUUCUAAGGAAUGGAAUCUUAGAGGCAUAUUCCGCGAUAUUGCAGGGCUUCAAGAACUCCCCUAAAACCCAACUCCUGAUUCCAUAUGCACCUCACAUCCUGCAAUUCCUGGAUAGCAUGUACAUGGAGAAAGACAUGGAUGAUGUUGUGAUGAAAACUGCAAUUGGCGUCCUUGGAGAUCUAGCGGAUACUCUUGGAAGCAAUGCUGGCUCUCUUAUCCAGCAAUCACUGUCGAGCAAAGACUUUUUAAAUGAAUGCCUGUCUUCGGACGACCAUUUGAUUAAAGCAUCUGCUGAGUGGGCCCGGUUGGCAAUUAGCCGUGCCAUAUCUGUUUGAGGCAGUCUACAACUCGCUGCAUUAUUACUUUACCUGCAUGCAUAUGGUCUGUGUCGAGUCAGGGUCCAGGUUUAGACAUUUAAGUCGGUGUCAUGUCGGAUCAUUUUGCCAUUUUCAUACAACAAGAAGCCUUUUUACUUCUCGUUGUCACUAACUCAUGCAUCAGUGUCGUUGGGUCCGGUUCCUUUCUUUUGCCAUGGAGGUUGAAGGGGUUCCUGGAGAUAGUCUGGGCCGAGAAUUCGACGACUCAUUACUGGUGAUUGGUUAGUGGAAGGCGGGUGGUUGAUUUUUUUGCUGAAUGGAAAAAACCGUUGUACUGGUAAUGAGAUGAGCCCCCGUUUCGUCUUUUUUGCUGCCAGCUUGUUGGGCGUAAUGCUGACCGUACCAGAACGACAAUUUUGGUUUUCAAGAUACUUGAACCAGCUACUACCUCCGGCCCGGCAUCUUUUUUUUUUUUUUUUUUUUUUUUUUCGUUUUUUGUAAUUUAUUUCUUAAUUAUACAUUCUUUUUUUUUUUUUUGAAUAUUUAAAGGUCGGUCUGUGUGUUGCAUUGGUCCAAACCAUUUAUUAUCACAGUCGGGUUGCAUACAUUGUCAUUCAUGUCCCUUGUUUGAGGUGUUUUCAGUUCCUUUUUUCGUUGUCCGAUUAGAGUCGAAACAUACUAACCCCAUCUUGGAGGGACUUUUGGUGCUGCCGGUAAAAAGAGUACAGGUUUUUAUUAUUUCUUCAAUCUUUGGAUCUUUUUUCUUUUCUUUUUGUGAAAGUGUAAUCUAUUUGGUUUGGAAGCUUCCAAGUUUGGGUUAUAUAUAUAUAUAAUAUAUAUAUAUAAUAUUGUGAUGUCAUGAAAUAGUGAGGACAUUGAAAAGAUUGAGAAAUAAAGGAUUGAAGAAUCUCUUGUU